GAUAACAGAGAUUGCGAUAAUUUCUUCCUAAAGCUUCUUUUUUAACACCAUUAUUGUGUUUAGCUGAAAUCAGAGUAAAAGUGGAGCAUUUAGACUAAAACGGAAACAUUUUAUCUGCAAACAUUACUGUGUAUGUAUUUACACAUGUAACUAACAAAAAUUGAUAACAACGAGACGUUUGGAACAGAUACAUAUCGUUCAGCCAAUCGAGCUUUGACGAUUGCGUGUCAGACUUAAAGAAACGAACCUAGAAUACGAUAGAGGCUUACGGUGAAAAUCAGUGAUUUGUGCUAUCAAUUCGUGCAGUGUGUGGUACGGAUGAUAUCGCCUCGAAGGAGAACCAUUUACAACUCGUAAAUAUCAAUUGAAUCCACCGGAAAGUAAAAAUAUUUGUCGUUCUGAAGAAACUGCAAGCCUGACUUCACACGUCCGUUGCUUCCAAAAACGUCAUGCCGGUAACGCCCUAAAACCCGCAACAAUUAGUCAUUUUGUGGAAUGUGGAAUGUUUAAUAUAAUUUAACGCGAGAAACAAGAAAGAUCAGUUUUAGUAAUUACAGUAAAAAAACAUGGACAGCAAAGGCAGAAAGAUCAUCGUUUGCGAUAAUGGAACAGGGUUUGUUAAAUGUGGAUAUGCGGGAGCCAAUUUUCCAGCACACAUAUUUCCAUCGAUGGUUGGACGUCCUAUAAUCAGAGCAGUCAAUAAGAUAGGAGACAUUGAUGUGAAGCAAGAAUAUUGUAUUCGUGAUUUAAUGGUUGGAGAUGAAGCAAGCAAACUUCGAUCUAUGUUAGAAAUUAGUUAUCCAAUGCAAAAUGGAAUUGUUAGAAAUUGGGAAGACAUGUGUCAUGUUUGGGACUACACAUUUGGAAAAGAAAAAAUGAAUAUCAAUCCAAGAGAGUGCAAGAUCCUAUUAACGGAACCACCAAUGAAUCCUAUCACAAACAGAGAGAAAAUGAUUGAGGUAAUGUUCGAAAAGUAUGGGUUUGCUGGAACAUUCAUUGCAAUUCAAGCAGUACUUACAUUAUAUGCUCAAGGGUUGAUUAGUGGAGUUGUAGUAGAUUCUGGAGAUGGAGUCACUCAUAUAUGUCCUGUGUUUGAAGAGUAUGCUUUACCUCAUCUCACUCGACGGUUAGACAUAGCUGGCCGAGACAUUACAAUGUAUUUAAUAAAGCUUCUUUUGUUACGUGGAUAUGCUUUUAAUCAUUCGGCUGAUUUUGAGACAGUUAGAAUGAUGAAAGAAAAAUUAUGUUACAUCGGUUACAAUAUUGAAACCGAGGAAAAGUUAGCACUUGAGACCACAGUCUUGGUUGAGUCCUAUACUCUUCCUGAUGGAAGAGUAAUAAAAGUAGGCGGCGAAAGAUUUGCAGCGCCUGAAGCAUUGUUCCAACCACAUUUAAUCAACAUUGAAGCUCAGGGAAUUGCUGAAUUAGUAUUUAGCACUAUUCAAGCAGCUGACAUCGAUAUAAGGAGCGAACUGUAUAAACAUAUUGUUUUAAGUGGCGGUAGCACAAUGUAUCCAGGACUUCCAUCUAGGCUUGAAAGGGAAAUUAAGCAGCUUUAUUUACAAAGAGUAUUAAAGAAUGAUACCUCAAAAUUAAAUAAAUUUAAGAUAAAAAUCGAAGAUUCUCCUAGACGUAAGGACAUGGUUUUUAUGGGUGGUGCUGUAUUAGCAGAAAUAACAAAGGAUCGAGAUUCAGCGUGGAUAACCAGAGAAGAGUACGAAGAAAAAGGACUUAGUGUAUUAAAGAAAUUAGGCUCUUAUGAAUAAUGAAGAUAAUAGCAAUUGAAAUAUAGAAAAGAAGUACACAUUUUUUUUACAUCUGGAGUCACUUAAAGAGUAUUUACGAUUUUCGUAUUUUGCUUUCACUACUGAUAUGUAGACUUAUUUGUCUUGGACUGAUACAAGCGACAAACAUAAUUGAAAAUGUUUAAGAAUUAUUGAAACUUUUAAUCAGAUUAAUUUCAUUUGACGUACACUACUAUACAAUUAUAUUUCAUUUAAAAUUGAUACAAACAGAUUGAAAUUCUAACAAAGUUUUAGAGUAAAUUAUAUAUUUAUGUUUGCCAUGAUGAAUAGCACAGUUGUAGAUGAUACACAUUGUAAAUAUAAUUGUCACAAAUCUUCCAUUUUCAUCGAAUUACAAUGGCGUUAGAUACGCAUUGUGCAUUGCAAUCAAUGUAUACCUAUUUUUCUUAUAGUUUAUAGUGAUUUUAUGAAAUUCAAUGUGUUGUAUGUAUAAUCGCAUUAGAAAAUAAUUUGUUAAUAUAAUGGCUAAAGUUAAGUAACUAAAAUUGUAAAUAUUAUAUUAUAACGACAACACUCAAUUUUACCGCCUUUGAGUUUUUAAUAAGUUUUUAACGUGAGUUUCUUAAACUGCAUUUCUUAAUUCAAGAUUCGUUUGACUUAAUUUUUUUAAUAAAACAUACGGUCACAUUUCCAAAAAUGCAUAACUGUUAUAUCUUCAAACUUGGCCAUUAUCGUAAUUAAUAAUAAUUAGUUUAUAAGAAGACAGAAACGCAUUUGUAUAUCUUCGUACCCGUUUCUUGUGAUUUAAAAAAUGAUUCUAUUUGAAUUUUAUUUAAAUGUUAUCCCUCAUGUCUUUUUUUAAAGGAACAUAUUUGAAAAACGUGUAAUAUGUAGUGUACAUUUAACCAGUUCCAAGUUAAAAUAUAUGUUCCAAUCAGUUCAUGUUAAAUGGAGGGUACGAGGUAAAACUAUUUUGUACGAUGUACAUACAUGAUAUAGAAGUUUUAUAAUUUUAGUUAAGUAAUUUAUAGAAAUAAAUUUAUUUCUUAAAAAAC